AUGAGCAACAAGGGGAGCAGCAGCAGGCGGAGCCCAUUCUCUGCCGCAGCUGCACGACUCUCAGGUGCAGCAUCCUCAGGUUCAACAGGUGGAGGGGGAGGAGCAGGAGCAGAUGCAGGAUCAGAUGGUUUCUUAUCAGGAACAGGUGCUUCCUAUGCCGAGCAGAUGCUGAUAGCAUGGAGGCGGGAUCCUUCUUCCGUGCAUGCAUCGUGGGCUGCUUACUUCGCCAACUUGGAGGCUGGUAUGCCCCCGAGUUUGUGUUUCGUGCCUCCGCCUUCUCUGCAGCACUCAGCUGCAGCAGGAGGAGGAGCAGCAGGGGAGGCAGCAGGUGCUGGCGCCUCAGGCGCUGUUGGCAUCGGCGGGCUGAAGGCAUUGGGGGUCCCUUCAGCUUCUUCCGUCAGCGUCAGUUCCCCUCCCGGGGCAGGAGGAGGAGGAGCAACCGGGGGAGCCAUAGGAGGAGCUGCUGGAGGGGGCACAGACUUGGGGGAGAGUGCCGGUACUGCUGCUGAGGGCAGCGGGUUGCUGGCCUUGUAUGAAGAUGCUCCGCAGUCUGUACACGACACAUCUCGACUGAUUCAGAUGGUGCGCGGCUAUCAAACACGCGGCCAUGAGUUGGCUUCUAUAGAUCCUCUUUGCUUGCCUCGAAAGCCACCGUAUUGCUCUGUGAGGGCUGCACAGCAGCCGCUACAUCUGGCGCCGGAGCAUUAUGGAUUUACUGCAGCAGACUUGGAGAAGGUUUUUGUGACACGGGUACCGGGCAUGCAGGGUUUUUUAUCCCCAGCGUCUCCUCCGCGGCGACUGCGAGACUUGCUGAAGCGGCUGCAAGAAACAUACUGCAGCAGCUUAGGUGUCGAAUAUAUGCAUAUAUCCGAUUCUAAUGCAUGCAACUUUUUACGGCAGCGGUUAGAAACCGAUCAAGCGUACGCGUUUAGCCGGGAAAGCAGACGGAAGAUUCUAGCACGACUUGCCCGUGCGCAGUUAUUUGAAAACUUUUGCGCCACCAAGUUUUCCACGACCCGACGAUUCGGCCUUGAUGGCUGUGAAACCCUUAUUGUCGGUAUGAAGGCCAUAACGAAGCGAGCAGUGGCUUCGGGCUUGGAGUCUGUCGUUAUUGGCAUGGCGCACCGGGGUCGGUUGAACGUGCUGGUAAAUGUUUUACAUAAACCGAUGCAACAGAUUCUGAGCGAGUUUCAGGGUGUUUCCGGGUACGGUGGCAGCGAGUGGGGGAAUACUGGCGAUGUAAAGUACCAUUUGGGUGUCGAGUUCGACUUAUUUGAUCGUGAUUUGCAGCGAAAUAUCCACAUGUGCGUCCUUCCGAACCCUUCUCACUUAGAGGCAGUGGACCCGCUGGUUUUGGGUCUUACCCGAGCGCAGCAGUACUUCCGCCGCGACUCAGAACGCUCGCUAGUUCUCCCUAUCAUUGUACAUGGCGACGCAUCUCUCGCAGGCCAAGGGGUGGUAUACGAGACUUUGCAGAUGAGCAGCUUGCCCGGAUAUUGCGUAGGAGGCGCUAUACAUCUUGUUGUGAACAACCAAAUAGGCUUUACAACGAAUCCCGUCGACGCGGGCUCAGGGAAAUACUGCACAGAUAUUGCAAAAGCUGUGGAAGCCCCAAUUCUGCACGUCAAUGCAGAUGACCCCGAAGCCGUUUCUUUUGCAUGCGAAUUGGCCCUCGAAUUUAGACAAAAAUUCAAGCACGAUGUCUUCGUCGAUAUCGUCGGCUACAGGCGCUUCGGACACAACGAACUGGACAUGCCCAAAUUCACCCAACCUCUGACCUAUACUCUCAUCGCCAGGAAAAAAACGGCCCUUGAGCUUUACUCCAAUAAACUCAUUCAACAG